UGGAUUUGUGGCCACAACAAAAUGAAAUGGUACAUCCAAAAUUAUAAUAAUAAACAAAAACAUGAUCAACAUGUCGAUAGUCUUCUAUCUACUAUCGAUGAACAAGCUAUAAUCUCUCGAUUAAUAUCCGGUACAAAUAAAAAUCAUCAUCAUGAAUCAUUAAUCAAUAAAAAAAUAAGAAAAAAUCAUUAUAAUUAUCAUAAUCGAAAGGAAAAACGUUUCUUCACUAGUCUCUGUAUUGUUACAUUCAUAUUGAUACUUUUAAUAUUGAUUUUGAGUAAUAAUUUCAAUGUGAUUUUACAUCAUCAUAAAUUCAUAUGGCACAAUCGAAGAUGUAAUGAAAAUAAUGAAACCGAAAUGAUUCAUAAAGAAAGCCAAAAAGUGCUUCCACAUUGUAUAAUCGUUGGUGUUCGUAAAUGUGGCACUAGAGCUUUAUUAGAGUUUCUUGAUAUUCAUCCACUAAUCACCAAAGUGGUAAAUGAGAUACAUUUUUUCGAUGAUGAAAAACGUUUCAAUCUAGGUUUAGAAUGGUAUCGGCAACAGAUGCCCGUUACUAAUCAAUCGAAUAUUGUGAUUGAAAAAACUCCAGCUUAUUUUGUUACCGAAUCUGUUCCGGAACGGAUAUAUGCUAUGAAUGCAUCUAUUAAAAUCAUUUUGAUCGUCAGAGAUCCUGUCACACGAUUGAUUUCUGAUUACGCUCAACUAGCCAGUAAUAAAGCGAAAAAAGUUCGACAUGUAGAAACAUUCGAAGAAGCUGUUCUUUAUCCUAAUGGUAAAGUAAAUUCCAGUUACAAAGGAAUUAGAAUCAGCAUGUAUGCUGUUUACUUUUCGCGAUGGAUUAAGCUUUUCUCCAAGAAUCAAAUACAUGUAGUGGAUGGCGAUCAAUUUGUUUAUGAUCCAUUGGCAGAACUGAAAAAAAUCGAAACAUUUCUUGGCUUACCACAUUUAAUACGACAUGAGGAUUUUAUCUAUAAUGUUACCAAAGGAUUUUAUUGUAUACGAAUGGAUAAUAAUAUGGAAAAAUGUCUCAACAAAAACAAAGGUCGUCGACAUCCAGACAUAAAUCCAGUUAUAAUUAAACGUUUACGGAAAUUCUAUGAACCAUAUAAUAAAUUUUUCUUCAGUUUGGUAGGAAGACGUUUUUAUUGGCCAAAUCGAUGAAAACAUGCUCUUCAUUCAUCAUCUUAUUCUCAAUGCGAUUUUCUAUGGUUGUGAAAUUGUGCUUUAUAUAAAAAAAAACAAAAUUUAUUUCGUCGAAAUCAAUUUGAACAAAAAAAAA